AUGACACGAGGACUCUAUCCACCAGACACUCUUUCCAAUAAUGAUAUUGAAACCUUGCAAGCACUUCGUCGGGACAUUUACUCUAACGCACUGAAGGGUGGUUUCUUUGGAAUGGGAUCUGGUCUAGUUUUACACACGGCAGGACAAUGGGCCCGCAAACUAGGUAUCACAAAAGCUAGUUUCAAUAGAAAUACCAUGAUGCUUUCGGUACUAGGUGGGGGUGCCUUUGGCAUGUUUCUCUUUGCCUCUUCGACUGGUAAAGAACAAGUCUACAAACUCCAUCCCAUUUUUCAAGUGGGUGCCAUGCCACCACCACCUGGGGACCUGGAUGCUACUGGUUUGGAUUAUUCCCAAAAGGUGCAACAGGCGCAACUAGUACCAGGGGGAAAGGACGACCAAGAAUUCGAUAUCAAAAAGUUACAUAGCAUGAGAGCGGUGCGACGCAAAACAGUGCAAGACAAUUUGGAACAUGGCAAGGGUUUUAGUGAUUCACAUGGUGGUCGAUGGUCGAGCUAA